UUCGGUAUAAUUUCCAAUCGUUUACCAAUCGGAUUGAAUUAUCAUCAAAAUAAUGAUUAUCAUCAUCAGCGAUCAACUUUAAUCUAAAUCCCCUCUAGUCUGUGUCACAUAUUCAUAUUUCAUAUAACGUCCAUCCUCUCUAACUUAAACGGCCGGAUUUCUAGGAACUUUAAACCAAGUUUUCAUCUUAGUCUGUCCCUGGGCUGUGCCGACAAAGAUCAAGUUCUCAUAGCCUCCCGACCACCCCGAGUUUCUUAAUUCCACCUCUCAACUUAUUGGAUAUAAGUCUUUGGGAUCAGCCAGCUUUGUUGGAUUUAACGCAGGUGACAGAAUCUGCGAAGCUACUUUUUCUUUUCUCGUGUGAUUUGUUUCCCUUUUGUGUAUUUCACAUCAAAUCAACUUGCAAUAAAUACCGGCAGUUUUUGAAGUUGAUGCAAAGAGUAAACCACCUUAGGAGAAAGUAUAAAUUGAUUUGGAUCGACUUUUAAAUGCUCUACUUUGAACAGAUUUAAUAUGUUUGUGACAUCUCGGAGUACCCUAAGUAAUUUCUUUCACCGACCAUGUCUGAUUUCAUAUUCAUUGAAUUGCCGCAUCUUCAAGUAUUGACUUUGCGAAUAAGAGUUUUGAUGGGAUAAUAAUGCGACUAUAUACCACUUUCACCUGUCACCGGAUUAAUGAUACUCUUCUAACAUCAUUUUGACUUUUAAAAAUAUAAUUUUUUGUAUUUAUUUAUCGAACACUGGUCACGAUUACACAGGAAUAAUGAAUCAAGGGACUGUGGUUUUUCUGGUCUUCUUGCCGCUAACUUUAACGAGUCGUCCAUACGACAUCAGCUCGAAUGAGAUCUCAUCUUUCAACGACCCCGACUUCAGUGACAUCCGCAACGCCCAGACUCUCUGCCGGACCUUCCCGGGAAUGAACCGGAAGCAGAUGCAAUUAUGUCGACGAAUGCCCGACGUCACAGCCGCCGCCAUCCAGGGAAUCGACAUGGCCGUUCAUGAGUGCCAGCACCAGAUGAAGAAUAGACGAUGGAAUUGCUCGAGCUUGGAGAUGAGACAUGGUAAUCCGUUUGCGCAUGCCCUUAUGUCAAAAGCAGGUCUAAAGGAGACGGCUUUUGCCCACUCCCUUGUAUCCGCCGGUGUCCUGUACCAGGUGACGAGAUCGUGUAGCGCCGGUAAGCUUCCAUACUGUGGAUGUGAUACUCGGUUUGUAGGUAGCGGCGAGGGUUUCGAGUGGGGUGGAUGUAGUCACGACAUCAAGUUCGGAGAAGGGUUCGCUAUCGACUUCUUGGACAGCAGUGAGAAAUCAGGACGAGAUGCACAAGCGAGGAUGAAUCUGCAUAAUAAACGAGCCGGAAGACUGGCGGUUUCCCACUAUGCUGAAAAGAGAUGUAAAUGUCACGGCAUGUCAGGAAGCUGUCAACUGAAGACGUGUUGGAUGCAGACUCCUCACUUCAGGGAGGUCGGAAGCCGUCUCAUGGAGAAGUUUGCAGACGCCCUCGAGAUUCGCGCGCGAAACACUAACGGUGGAAGCGUAGAAUUGGUAACACGGGCCAGAUCUCAGGUCUCCUCCCAUCGCAAAAGGCGCCGAUUUCCGCCUCAAGAAGAGUUGGUAUUCCUGGAGAAGUCACCCGAUUUCUGCGUUGCGAACCCCAGGCUGGGCAGUCCCGGCACGAGAGAACGCUAUUGCAAUCGUACAAGCACGGGCAUUGACGGCUGUGAUAGCUUGUGCUGUGGGAGGGGCUACAAUAUUCGGUUGGAGAGAAGGACAGAGUGGUGCAAUUGCACGUUUCAUUGGUGUUGCUAUGUCCGGUGCCAGCAAUGUCACAGCUCACAAUGGGUUAACCAGUGCAAGUAGAUGACGUCAUGGAGAUGAUGAUGUGAAAUGGACACAAAUGAAAGAAACCGAAUGUGAUUAUAAGCAUGAUACGGAGACAACCUUCUACAUGAUGUGCUACUAAAACUGUUUUCAGAAAACUAAGUUUUUGGAUGACCACGCCCAUUUUUCGAGACGUUUUCGUAUAUCACACCUAAAUAAUGGGAUAUUUGAUAGACUCUGCAAGAUAUUAUCUUGAAUCAAAUGAGGUCGUGUGAGGUGAUUGGAUUUUUUAGCAAUUCGGAUUUUGCUUGUCUAAGCAUUGAACUACUUACCAUAUGUUUAAGUUUUUUCAGAUCAUGGAUCUACUUGUGGUGAUUUUUCACAGAAUGUGGUCAGUUUCGCGAUCGCAAGUACUGUUUUUAUUACGUCAUAGUGACGAAAUAUAUUGGCGAUAUUACUCUUCUGUGUCAUUUUACUAAAAUUGGCAAAUUUUAAUAGAUAGCCGAUAGCCUGUUUGAUUUCAACUUUUCUACAUUUGAAUUCAUAUUUAUAAUAUCAUUGUGAAUAGGAAAAAAUCGUGGCCUCUGAUAGGCAUACUUUGUAAAUAGAGAUUAUUUCGCUUACAUGACUAAUUUGAUAUAACUUUUGAGUGAGAAAAAACUAAUGUAAAUAUUUCAAUAAUAUUUAGAAUAAUCAACAAUAUAUUCACUCAGUGGUAUGCGUAAUGAUUUUUAAAGAUAAUCUCAUCAAAUAAUAAUAAAUUCACACGGAAGCCUUGUAAUUUUCAUUGCCUACAGCGUCUAUCAUGGGAUACGAUAACAAAUGAGUGAUGAAAUGUGUAUAAUGUUUCAAGGGAAGUAUUGCUCUGUACAAAUGUGACAUAAGGGCGAUUCCAUGCUAGAAAAAUCAGCCAUUUUCGCAACAUUUUUAAACCUACUGUCCAAACAAACAAAAUAAUAGAGUACUACUGGAAAGUUAUAUGAAAAAAUGACAACCGACAAAAAUAUGUUGUCCAUGGGUGAAUUAGAGGUGAAAAUGUUGCGUGUCGUACGGGACAUUUCUGAGUCCCCGUACGACACACAGCAUUUUCACCUUUAAUUCACCCAUAAUCCAACAUUUUUUGUUGGUAAUCAGUUUUUCAGAUGACUACUUACUAUAACUUCGUUAUUGACAAAAAAUAAUUUUCUAUUGCUCAAGCGAUCAACUAUGAGACUAGAAAUUGUUGUCAAAAUGUCCCGUACGAUACGUAUGGAAUCGCCCAUAACCUAAUUGUAAACUUCUUGAUUUGCCCGUUAUAUAUGUCAUAAACGUAAAUAGAAUUCACUAUAUUCGACACUGGUUAUUGUGUUGUUUUUUCAGUCAACUAAAAGAUAUAUACCCAUGAAAUUUAGCAUGGAUUUAGUGCUGCUGUCCUUUUCAAUCAAUUUUUCUUUUCAAUUAUUUGCUCCCUCAAUAGCUCCUGUAAAUAGAAAACAGAUCAAUGUCAUCCCCUUCCCGAGAAAAGUGUAUUGUAACUUUUAUCUCUCAAAAUGAUAAAUGACUUUGAAGAAUGACAAUUAACAAUUCAAAGUUCUAAUUGUGUAUAAAUCCUUAUUUUGCCAUGUUUAUAUGAUGAAUAAAUAAAAUUGUCGAUAAACAGUACGGUUAUCUUUAAAAAGACGUGUCAUUCAAAUGAUUUCAUAUUUGAUGCGCCUUCUGUCGCCAAGACUUUGCAAUAUCUACAUUGUAUAUUUAUCGUCAUAAUUAUCGAAUGAUAUUAUUUUUUGGUAACUUUUGCCAUGUAUUUUAUUUACUUUUAACAAAAUAUAAAUUGUUCUGAGUGCUUUUGUUGUUGGAAUCUGAAUCGAUAGAUGUGCUUUCUUCCAGACUAUGCAUGCACAGUAACAUUUGCUUGUCAUUUUCUUCAGUGUUAUCCCUAAAAAAGCUCUUUGUUUGUUCACUAAAUAAGAUAUGGCAUAUUGUUAGUCCUACAUAAAAAAUAUUAAGGAUAUCAAUGCAUUCGAAAAGACAACCAACCUUAGAACUGAUUCAACUUACUGAUCAGACAUCAUAACUUACAAUCGGAGUGAUCUGCUGCUGAUCCACGUCCGUCCACAUUUCACAGAUUCACAUGAAUCUGAUAUUAAUUAUACUGAUUAAAUAGAAGUUGCCCUUAACCCCACCCAUACUCUAAAUGGGGCGCUUCAGUGAGUAGGGCAGUAGACGAUCGCCCCAUGACAUUUAAAGAGGUGAAAAGGAUAGAAAAGAAGAGAAAGUGAGAGAAUGAAUAAUAAUGAUAUGGAUAAGUGUGGAUACGUUACACAACUCUACAAUACUGUGAAUUCUCUUGUUUGUUUUUUUAUUUAUAAAUAAAGCUCGCUUUGGGAUGGUCACGCUCCUCUAUUAGAAUAUCAGGCAUCGCUUUGCAGUUUUCUAAAUAGGUUGCUUGCAGCUUUCAGAACAUCUCUCCGUUUGGAAAGUGCAAAUUGAUAGUGCAAACGUGACGUGAGAUUUAUAAUUUAUAAUUACAACUUUGUUUUCCCCGUGAUGCUAAUGGUCACAUAAUGAUAAGUAAAUGAAACAAAUUGAAUAAAUACCAUGCUAUACAUUGACAACGAC